AUGAAGAGAAAGGGUCGGCAACAUGGUAUGGUAAGGUCUUAUAGGAUCCUACCAUCCCCACUAAACCCAAGACCCAAUACCCGAUUCAUCACCCGAUUUGAUUCCCCUCCCACUGCUGGACUCUUCGUAAAGGUGUCUUCUAAGCCAACCAAUCACUCCAAGUUCACGGGCAAGUGUGACACACCGCGGUGCAAUGAUUGCCACCUUAACCCAGCUUGCAAGUCCAAGGACAAGACCAAAGGUACCCAAAAGCACAAACAAAAUUGGCGAGUCAUGGAUCCACCCCAUUCUAAUCUUUUUGGAUUGUCCGCAACCGAAACAUUGGACCAUCUUUCUAAUGAUUACAUCGAAGAUGAGGUGGAAUAUGAAGGUGGUGACCAAGUUCAUUAUCAUGUAAAUUAUUCUUCCACUUCUGGUGAUUGCUAUCGGGUGGAGAAGGAUGAUAGCAAAUGCAUUUCUGAAAUGGGGUUUUCAUUUAUCAUGGAUUCAAUGGAUCAAGUUGAAGAAGAAAAAGGUGAAGAUUGGUUUUUGGUGGAAUCUUGA